AUGCAGAUCCACGUGCCUUCCCUGGACCCCGUCUGCGCCGACGCCCCCAACCAGUACGUGUGUGCCAACUGUAAAACGCUGGUUAACUGUAUCAACGGCAAGGCGUUUCCCUCGGUGUGCGGAAGCGGCGACUUCUGUUAUGGCGACCACGCAUCCUUCGGCAGCAGCGUCUGUUAUCCUGGGCUCCCACAGUCCUGCGUGUGUGACGAGAAGGAAGUGUUCUACCAGGACGCUUACGACAGGGGGUCGUUUUUCCUUUGUGAUAAAUACGGGGAAACGCACCUCCAUCACUGCCCGGACGGACAGGUGUUCGACGAGCGGGAGGUGCAGUGCAAGAGCGUGUCGGGACUCCCUGCUUGCGUGACUCCGGGGGUGUUUGCUGUGCUUGAGGACUGCAGCAGGUACUAUGCCUGCAUCGUCACUGAAGAGGGGUGGCUCCAGCAUGCAUUCACUUGCCCCCAAACCCAUGGUCCUUCCAUGUACAACGAGGAAACGGGUCGGUGCGAGGACCCUUGCAACUGGCAACUCCCCGAAUUCGUUUGCAAGGAUGAAGGAAGAUUCGCAGACCCGAUGGACUGUCGGAAAUUCUUCGUUUGCACGUUGGACGCAGAAACAGGUGAUUUCCGACAGUUGUCCCGACAGUGUCCCGAAGGCUACGAGUGGGAGCAAAUCGUGAGGGAUGGCACGGGUCGGUGCGUUCCCAUGAGCUCGGAGGAGUGCGAGUCUCGUUACGUCACGCAGUGUCACAUACCUCAGAAUCUUUGCGCGUAAGAAUGAACCUCAUUACCCAUCAUUCCUUGUAUUUAUUCAUCUCUGUACGUGAGAACGUACCUGAUGACCUAUUAACCUUUCUAUUUAUCAAUCUCUGGACGUAAGAAUGUACCUCAUGCUCUAUUGAUCGUUGUAUUUAUCAACCUCUGCACAUGAAAAUUAUCGCAUGAUUUAGAGCACAAGAAUCUUGCCGAGGAUUUUAAGCAAACAGGAUGCACUUGGACAACACGGUAUGUUUUAUAAACCAAUACGUCUGUAAUCACGAGCAUUCACAUUCACACACCUGCGCAUACUUCGCAUACACGAACACCCACGCGUAGAUUAAUAUAUUUUGUAUUAGGAUUCGAUCUACACGAAUUCCUAAAUCUGGCACUUUUAGGCGUGGCAGUUUGUAAUUUGUUUUCGUAGUUCAGGAUAAUAGCUGUAAAGUAUAAUACAUUGGCUAAAUAGACGCAAAUCAUAACAAUAAAAGUAUUGCCAUUAUGAUAUUAUGAAUAUCAGUUUAUCCUGUACCUAUCUGCAUGUUCAUUAUCUAUUUAUUUAUUUCUCCUAAUAUAAAACAUUAAUAUCA